GUAUCUCGCCGCACACCUGUGCUCCUAAUUGUUCUGAGAAGGACAUUAUGAGCAAUGUAUUUGAUGGGUAUGCAGUGACAGAGAGACCAGUUGUAAACAAGACCACAGUAAUAUUAGUCAAAGUCAGACUUUCGAUCAAUCAGAUCAUGGACCUGAACGUUGUGAGGCAGUCACUGACAGCAAUCUACUCACAAGAAAUGAACUGGUACGACGAGUUCCUAACAUGGACACCCGCAGAAUACGGAGGGGUGAGGAGAAUCCGGGUUCCCAAGGACAACAUUUGGUUACCAGACAUCAAUGUGUUCCAGAGAAUCAACUGGGCGGACGUGCAGUCUCUGGAGCAGGUGUUGACUAACCCCAUAGUGCAGUGGGAUGGCAGAGUGACGGUGCAGGAGCCAAGAUACCUCACCAGUGCAUGCUCCGUCGACGUCAAGUAUUUUCCGUUUGAUGCACACCAUUGCACCAUCAACAUUGGAUCGUGGACAUACAAACCCUAUGAAGUGGACGUCAUGCCAGGGGAAUUCGCUGCAGGCACAUUGUAAGUCAA